AUGUAUGAGAGGUUAACAAAAGGUCGGGAAACUUGUGGUAACAGCGUUGGAAAUAACAACAACAUUGUUAAUAACCAUAGCGUCAAUAGCAACCGCAAUAACAAUAAUAAUAAUGUUAACAGCAUCAAUGCAGGCAGUGAAGACAGUAGUGGGGGAGGUAAGGUAAACACAGGUGUGGGUGAUGCAUACAUUCCUCUUAAUGUGCAGAGAAGCGCAAAUUUUCCCAUGAAUGCUAAAACAUUUAUACCUCCACCUCCUUUAGCCCCCAUUGGGGAUGACGGUGCGAAGAAGAAGAAGGGAGAACCGCUAAUUUUGAAUGUGCUCAACAGCGAGGUUACUUGCAAAAGAGUAAAUCCCGACCUGACUAGUGUUAUUCCUAUAUUGUUCAAAGAUCAUCAGAUACCGUAUGUAACAUCCCUAGUUAAUCAUCUGCAAAAUUCAGGCGCGAUUGAAUGGAAUGAAGAAGGAGACCAGUCCCACCCGCUUAACGGAUAUAACAUUUUAGAUGUGGCUAGAGAAUUUCAAGCAAAUAAGAGGAUGGAUGAUAGCAACAUACCCAGUUAUAAUUAUUUAAUCGAACAUGGAGGUAUUAGUGAAUGGAUGGUGAGAAAUACCACUAUAAAAAGACAGAUAGAAGCAUGGGACAAUUCAGUUAAGAAAGGAGGUAGCAGAACAAUGAAGAACAGGGUAGCAAAGAAAAAGGGGGAUGUUUGGCUGCCGUAUUGA